AUGGAAAGAACAUUUCCAAGGGUCAGACAGAAAUCAAUCAUUAAGAAAUAUCAGAAGAAAGCAAGGCUGUCACGGAAUGCUGACAUUUUGGUGAGAUAAGAUCAGUUCUCUCAUCAAGUGUGGAAUCCGAAACUUUUUAUCAUUUGUUUUCCCGCCAAGCAACUUCUCAUCGACUGAGUUACUUUUGACUUUUUGUUUAAGCUAAUAUCAUAAGUUCUCUUACUUUCAUCGAGCUAAAAAAAAUAAAAAUUUCUUUCUUGUAUGCUAUCUAAGUUACUGAUAAUACAAAAAGGGCAAUACUCAAAGGCCGUGGGAUUCAGUCAGGGAUGACCAUAGCCGCUUAAUAAAGGUGACUGCUAAAUAAAGAUGAAAAUUACAGUAAUUAUGGGGUAAAAAUUUUGGGACUUUGAGAGCCGACCGCUUAACAAAGAGUGACCGCUUACUAUGGUUUUUGACUUUAUGUGGAAACAGUUGUGAGAAAUCUAGGCCCGUCGAGGGAAGCAUUGAUGUAAAUAACUAAAUCAUAAAAUUGAUUGAAAUUAUUAACUUUGAAUAGUACGUUAGUAAGUUCCAGAGUCUAACUUAAUGGUGUGACCAAUUUCUUCUCGCAGAUUUUUCUAGACUACAUACUGUUUCUCAAACGCCUUGCAGCAGAAGCAAGUAUCAAGGCGCUGGAGGAAGGAGAGAGGACCUUAAAAAGUAAUCAUGUGAAUACUGUGUUUAAGGUCAGUACCCAAAAAGUAAUGCCAAACCGUAAUUUGGAAUCUCACAAACUUUAUAACCUUAUUUUAGUCUCAUUUAUCAACCUUUCUUAAUUUACAGAAUGUGUUGAAGAGUUGCAAAGGAUGA